UGACAGAAUUCAAGUGAUAAUUUCACCCAGCUGAUCCACACCAGGCAGCUGCUGCAGAUCAGUCACUGAGAUUCCAAGGAACCCACAUAAAGGUCUAUCUGAAAUCCCUCAUGAUGAGUACUUCAACCAUGUCAAUCUUCCUUCCAACUGCAAGCAGCCAGGUUCAUGGGACUAAUCAGAGUGCAGCUGUGGGAAAGACAGAGCCAUCCUAUGCUGUCCUCAAGUUCAUGGAGAGCUUCUGCCUCAUCAGUGCUGCCUGUGGUAUGGUGGGAAAUGGCAUGGUGCUGUGGUACCUUGGCUUCCGCAUCCGGAGAAACCACUUCACAGUCUACAUCCUGAACCUGGCUGCUGCUGACUUUGGGUACCUCUUCUGCAUCGCCAUAGAGACGGUUCAGUACCUGAUGCAGUUCAACGUGGGGGUGCAGUUUGGGAUAUUCCUCUUCCUGGAUCUUUUCAUGUACGGGACCGGCUUGUACCUCCUGACCGCCAUCAGUAUUGAGAGGUGCCUGUCUGUGCUUUGUCCCAUCUGGUGCAGAAGUCACCGCCCAAAGCACUUGUCUGCCAUCAUCUCUGGCCUGCUCUGGGGUAUCUCCCUGCUGCUGAACACUCUUGGGUAUGUUUUGUGUUCCGUCCACCGCUCUGCUGGGACCUGCCAGAUCCUGCUCAUCACCAUUGGAACCUUGGACUUCAUCUUUUGCACACCCCUCAUGCUGCUUUUCAGCCUUACCCUCUUCCUUAGAGUCAAGUGCAGCUCCCAUCACCUCCGAACAGGCAGACUCUUCACCGUCAUCAUGCUCACCGUUCUCUUCUUUCUGAUUUUUGCUGUGCCUUUGAGUAUCCUGAUCCUCUUUGACUUCUUGGGCUACAAAUUUCUCUACUCCCCAGAGAUUGGUUUUGUGCUGUCGUGUGUGAACAGCACCCUCAACCCUAUCAUUUACUUCCUGGUGGGAAGCUACAAGGAUCGGAGAAUCAAGUUUACCCUCAGGCUGGCAUUCCAGAGGGCCUUUGAAGAUUCAGCAGAUGACAAAGAUGAACGGGAAACCCGUGACACAAUCACUAUGUCUUCCUAAACCCAUCCUGUGCAUAACAGCAGCACUGGUCUGGAGCUGAGGGCUGAUAGUUUAAAGAACUGAAGAUCUCUG